AUCCUGCCUCAGUUGCUGAGAUUGUAGGCAUGAGCCACUGUGUCUGGCUUCGGUCUCGGUUUGUCUUAAAGACUGUGAGUACUUUGAGGAAAAGACGUUCAUUGAUCCAUCCAGUGUUGUUCAGCAUCGCUGUACCGAGCAAGCUCAGCCAGGCUUCCGGUGCUUCCCUGAAACCAGAGGGCUCUGCUGAUUUUAUCAUCCUCCACCCUGCUGAAGAUUGAGGAUUAUAUAGAGAGCAGGAGUGAAUGGGCUCCUAUCGAUCGAGUGGUGAUCUUUCGUGUGGAGGAAGUAGAUAACUAGUUCACGCCUUUGACCUGCUCUGAAGAGGGUGCCCCUAAACCGCCGUGGAUCUUUGUCAUCUAGUCUGUGACCCUUGGAAUGGGCACUUGAAAUAGGACUGGAGGGUUGAGGUGCUGUUGGUGAGUAGCAGUCGGUACCCAGACCAGUGGAUUGUCCCAGGAGGAGGGAUGGAGCCAGAGGAGGAGCCCGGCGGUGCUGCUGUGAGAGAAGUAUAUGAAGAGGCUGGAGUCAAAGGAAAAUUAGGCAGACUCCUGGGAAUAUUCGAGCAGAAUCAAGACCGGAAGCAUAGAACAUAUGUUUAUGUUCUGACAGUCACUGAAAUAUUGGAAGACUGGGAAGAUUCUGUGAAUAUAGGAAGGAAGAGAGAGUGGUUCAAAGUAGAAGAUGCAAUCAAGGUUCUGCAGUGUCAUAAGCCUGUCCAUGCAGAGUAUCUGGAAAAACUAAAGCUGGGGUGCUCGCCAACCAAUGGGAACUCCACCGUCUCUUCCCUCCCAGACAGCAACGCCUUGUUUGUGACUGCUGCUGCACAGCCCCCCGGGGUGCCGUCCAGUGUAAGAUAGAGCUGGGGACCCUUCCCCCACCGUGUCCUGUCGUGAUGUCACAGGGAGAGGCUUUUUUACUUUUCUUCUAACACAUAUGACUGCUGCUGGCAAACUCUGAAUCUGCCGGGCAGGGAUUUCAAAUAAUUUGCAUGUGUUUCAGAUGCUUUCAAGUCUUUUAAAGUAAACAACAAAGUAGCAUAAAAAUAUUUUAAGAUGCCAAA